GCAAUGCCAGCAUCCCAGCCGCGGUCCAGGGCAAGAGACAGGAACAAUGUCCUCAACAGGGCUGAGUUCCUCUCCCUGAAUCAGCCCUUGAAGGGGAACCAGGAGAGCAGGAGCUCCGGCAGAAAGCAGAGCGGCCAGGCCGGGGCAGCUGGUGCCCAGAACAGCAACCCCAAGGAGCGGAGGCAGUCGCAGCAGCUGCCCGAAGAGGACUGCAUGCAGCUCAACCCCUCCUUCAAGGGAAUCGCCUUCAACUCCCUGCUGGCCAUCGAUAUCUGCAUGUCCAAGAGGCUGGGAGUGUGUGCCAACAGAGCCUCCUCCUGGGGCGGUGCCCGCUCCAUGAUUAACCUCCUGGGGAUAACGGGGCAUGGGAUCCCCUGGAUUGCGGGUACGCUCAUCUGCCUGGUGAAGAGCAGCACGCUGGCAGGCCAAGAGGUCCUCAUGAACCUGCUGCUAGCCCUGCUCCUGGACAUCAUGAUUGUGGCUGGUUUGCAGAAGUUGGCCAAGCGGAAGGGCCCGUACGACAUCAACCCCGGCUUGUUGGACUACCUGACCAUGGACACCUACGCGUUUCCAGCUGGCCACGCCAGCCGAGCGGCCAUGCUCUCCAAGUUCUUCCUCAACCACCUGGUCUUGGCCAUCCCUCUCCGGAUCCUGCUGGUCCUCUGGGCCCUCUGUGUGGGCUUUUCCCGCGUCAUGAUCGGACGGCACCACAUCACAGAUGUCCUGUCUGGCUUUGUUUUUGGCUACUUACAGUUCAGGCUGGUGGAGUUGAUAUGGAUGUCUUCCAACACGUGUCAGAUGUUGAUAUCCAUCUGGUGAACAUGGGGGACUUGAUGCAUUUCCACUGGAAACUAGCAGAUACUUUAAGAGUCUCCCUCCUAGUAUUUCUACAUGUUGUUUGUCGGAAGCAGUUGUAGCUUCCAUGAGUAGUGGCGUUUUUUAAUGUUGCU